ACGGCUCCUGAUUCUCAGAUCCAAUAAGAAAGAGGAAAGGGAAACACCUAAUUUGCAUAAGGCUUCUAUAAAUUGAGGGGCGGCCGCCAUUUUUUCUAUACUUGCUGUUUUUUCGUGUACAGGAAUAGCAGAUUAGUGUUUGUCGAGUUUCUUAAGACAGAGUACUUUUUGUUAAGAUGCCGGAGCCAGCAAAAUCUGCUCCCGCUCCCAAGAAGGGCUCUAAAAAAGCUGUGACCAAGACUCAGAAGAAGGGUGAUAAAAAGCGUAGAAAGACUAGGAAGGAGAGUUAUUCCAUCUACGUGUACAAAGUGUUGAAGCAAGUUCACCCGGACACCGGUAUUUCCUCUAAGGCGAUGGGGAUCAUGAACUCUUUUGUAAACGACAUCUUCGAGCGCAUUGCGGGGGAAGCGUCUCGCCUGGCUCAUUACAACAAGCGUUCAACCAUCACUUCCAGGGAGAUCCAGACCGCUGUGCGCCUGCUUCUGCCGGGGGAACUGGCCAAACACGCCGUGUCUGAGGGCACCAAGGCCGUCACCAAGUACACCAGCUCCAAGUAAAUGCUGAACACCCAUCACUCACAUCAAUCCCCAGAGCUAAGGGGCGGGGAUAAUAGUUAACCCACAGAAUGGGAUGAAACGUCUCUCGAUCCUCGUAUUUCGUGUUUUAAUUUGCGGUUAUUUAGAGGUUGGCACAACUACCCUUCAGUAAUUCUCUCCUCUGUGACUAUGGGGUACUGCACCCUCCUGAGGGAUCUCUUUAAUUUCCUUCAGUCCUGCCUUAAACAGAUGAAAGACUGGAGGAGUUUUUAAAUAGUUAUUUGCAAAAGUGAAAUGAUUGAAUUUCUCUGUCUACAGUUUCAUCCUGAUACAUCUUCAAGCAAAAGAAUCUAGCUGGUUUAAUACGCGGCGUUAAGGAGAAUAGGACACAGGAAUGCCGCUUUCUUUGUCUCCCACCUUCCUUCCCUCCUCUGAAAAAGAUCACAUUUGUGUUUCGUUUCCAAUUAGAUUAGCUUGAAUUUUACAAAGGAAUUGUUCAAACCUUGUUUAUCAUUCACAUACCGCACCCCAAAGUAACCCAUUGGCGGCUUGUUUACAGGUUACUUUUAGCCAGACUGAGAAUAAAGGUUUCCACGUGAUAAAUCUGGUUAAAAGUAAACUAAGGAAUCCUUUGACUACCCCCAGCUCCCUACAGAAGUCGAUGUAGUUGAGUAUUUUUAAAGAGGAAAUAUCACUGUUUUUCGAAUUGCAAAGGGUUUUCAUAUGAAAUAUUUCUAGAGUUUGUCAAAUGAUCACCCCAAAGUGGGAAAGGGACUUGAAGCUAAAGCUUUAAAUAGCAACUUUGUAUUUGGCUCGGGUUUUCUUUAGAAGUUAAUAGGGAAUAAGUGCAUUUACUGAAAAGACAGAACACUACUCCUAUUAAAUUAAAAAGCAGUUUACCUACAGUGGUGUACCACCGCGGAACAACACUUACGUUAUAAAAAGAAAAAGAAUACUUGUGGCAUCUUAGAGACUU